AUGCUGUUUCCUUACACUCCCUAUGAGACAGUCGCAUUUACCGCGGAGAAGUUGGCCUUUUCUGGCUUUAGGGGUCUACUCUUGUCUGAGUUAUGGCUAGUGAUUCAAAACGAGUUCAAACAAGAACAGGAGUUGGAUGAUUUUCAGAAAGAUACAAUUUGGAAGUGGCUAUUUUUUGAUUUCAGAGAUGAUCGAGAUAACGCAGAGGUGAAAUUCUAUGUAACUUAUGAUAAAGAUCCAAUUACUAUUGAGUCCCACUACCAAUCAUUUGUCGCCAAGCAAGAGAAGCCCGAGGAAUUGAGAGUUCUUCCCACCGAAGAGACCCAGUGCUAUUACCUAACUGGAGUGUCUAAUAACAAAAAGUUCAUUCUCACACUCGGUGCGUUUCCGUACCAAUUGUUACAAGAAAUUGCUCGACAUGGGGCCAAAGGAACUUGGGCCAGUGAUUUGCCACUAUCUACAGGACAAGACAAGAGGUCAAUGACAGGGAGGUUGAACAAGUUGGAAGAAGCAGGCUUAAUAGUGAAAGAACACAGAUUCUAUGAAGAAAAAAGGAUACAUAGUACGUGGGCAGUGCACUACAAGUUUGGCGAUGCUUCAAGGGCCACUAAAGGCGAUGAUGAAGAUAAUGGAUUCGACCACACACCGGUGAAGAUGCGAAAGUUCAUAAUGAAUGCGUUGAAGCAAGCUCAGAAUAAUAUAAGAACGUUUCGAGAUAUGAAAGUGGAAUUAAAGAUGAAUAGAAAUUCUCAAGCUGCGAGGUUGUUUGGAUCAGUAAUUGAAAACUUGUGUGAUAAUGGGUAUAUCGAAAGAAUUGAUGUGCAAGAUCAAUCACAUCCAGCUAGAAAACUCUAUGCCUUGAGGUAUUUGAAAGACUUACCAAGUCUGAACACGGAAGGGGGAUACGACCCUUGGGAUUUGAGCUGUAAGACAGGGCAGAAUCACGAUCACAAAUUUGAAGAUGAUGACGAAGAAGAAGAUUAUUUGAUUGCAAGCUUCAAUGACAUUUUCCCACUUACCGCACAAGUCUAUGAAGCAAUUAGGAACUCGGGAAGUGAAGGAAUCAUUGCCAAGCAAAUUGUAACGUCCAUUCUGGGUGAUGUAAAACAUCGUCAAAUUACAAGGCUUCUUGAAAACAAUACCGAUUAUUUGUUUAAAGAUGGUGGAUUAGAGCCACUCUUGAAUUACGUGCCAGAACACGGCGACACUGCAAUUGUAAAACAGAGUGAGUCUGAUGGAAGGCUAAAAUAUUAUCGAUAUUAUACAGCCGAUAACUUUAAAGCGAAACUAACUAAGACGCAUAAGAAGAAACGACCCGAGAGAAAAGUACUAAGCAAAUCUCUUGUCGAUUUGGAGAAACAAUUUCGCGUCAAGAUUGAAAAGACACCCAGUGGUCCAUUGCUUGCUAUUCCUGAUUUUAUUAAGCCAGUAGAAAGUUCAGAUCGCGUACCUGAAAGCUUACUGUUGCGAUCUAAGGAUAAAACCAAAGUUAAAAAUGAAGGUGAGGGCUCCAAGAAAAGAAAUGAAAAAAACAUCGAUGAGUUGGAUGCAAAUGCUCCCAAGAGGCGUAGAUUACGUCAAAGGGGACGAAGUAAGCAAGGGGCAAGUAUAUCUUUAGAAUUGCAUGAUGGAGAUGAUAACUCAAUGGAUGUUGAUGAGGAUCUGAAUAACACUACAGAUGAAGGAAAGCGCUCCGAUGAUAAUGAUGUCAAGCUGGAGAAACUUUAUGUGAGGGUUAAACAAGAAGAGGAGCCUAAUACUGGUAAAGCCACAGUGCAGGAUCGGGUCAAUGAUGUGAUUGAGAAUGCUCUGAGCCGGAUCCAGGCCUCCCAAUCCGACCCAUCCAUUCGUGUGUUUACUCCCCAGAUUAUACAGCGACAGAAGAACACUCGAUUCAAAUCGGAAGAGCAAAAGUCAAAAAUAGACGAUGCAGACGUAAAGGGAGCGUUCAGACGUGAUCAGCUUAUUAAAUUAAUCCAUGAAUUGGGCGGUGCCACUUUUACUAGCGCAAAGCUUGGUAGAAUGCUUGACCAAAAGAUUCAACUGGAAAAACCGACCGAUAUCAAAACUAUUGCUCGUGAUAUUAGCAAACUUGCCCACACAGGUGUGAUAGAAGUGCAAGUAAUUCCGAUGACUCAAAGCGGAAGGAAAAUAAACCGAAGAUUAAUUAUUUUAAAUGAUCCGAAGCAUCGACCAUCAGAUGAAUUCAUUGAACAGAUCAAAUUAAAAAGUAAGCAGCCAAUUAAAAAUACUUCAGAGAAGGGACAAAUGCCACGUCGCCUUAUAGAGACUGAAUACACCCUUAUCAACUCAAGAGAGGCCUUGAAGAGAAAGCUGACAAGAUUGACAUCAUUACAUAGCAAAGACAGAAUGCUGAGAAGUCGUGCUCAAGAUCAGUCUAAAGUUAAACUGGAAUUUGAUGGUGGUUUAGGUUCUAGCGCCAACUUUAAUUCUGUCCCAGAAUUCAACGGAAAAUAUGAGGACCAAUUGGGUAUGUUUGAGUUAGAUGCAUCAAUGUCCAAGACACGACGUGAGAACAAGAAAAAGAACAUCAGAGACAAGAGGAAACCGAAAUCGGAACGUCAACGCAAGGCACGUAAAAUCAAGACUGAGUUUGAAACCAGUGACACCACCACGCUCUUCCGAGCAAUCUGUAUUUGUAAAGCUUUUAACAAAUCAUUCAUUGAUUAUGAGAAAGUUGCGUCUUUAUUUAAAGACAGUGAUGCAAGAUCGUUGAAACGCACAUGGGUACAUGUUAGAAAACAAGUAGGUGGUCUAGAUGCAGUGAAUAAAGGAGUGGAAGAAUUUGAACGAGUAGUAAUGAAGGGAAUCGAAGAACUGUUCAUCUUGGUCCUGGAUUUGGAGAAAAUUGACAUCCCAUUCUACCUUGAUUUAUGGGCAAGCUUUGAUACUUCUAAAAUUGAGAUUAAUGACAAGUUUCCACUAUAUUUUACUUUAGAAGAAAACAUGGCCAAUUAUAGCAAGAAGCAGACGUUUGAAGCACAGACUGAUCUAUUUGAUCAGAUCGAUUCAGAUUCGAUGAAACAGAAGGAGGAAGCCCUUGCGAACUCUCCCUUUUUUUACAGCGUCCCACCAGAAUUGAUAUCGGAUCCGAGGGAGCAAGUCAAAACUACAAUGAAAGCGGUGUACAGGCAUCCCAACAAAAAGAAUUCAAAGCAAAUCAAAGAAAUUUUGUCUCCAUUCAACCCAGACGAUAUCGAGUCAGCUUUUGCAGAAAUGGAAAAUGAGAAAGAAAUUGUUCGCGUGGAUGAAGAAACGAAUCAGUACAGAUUGACUGAAAAGGUAUACUCCGGACUCACAUCUAAAUUCUCCGUGUCAUUCUUUAAACAAGCGGACUUGUUCAAGGAGAAUGUCAUAGAAGUAAUGAAAUUACAAAGGGGUAUGGUCUUGUCACAAGGUAUAGAGGAUGGUAGCAUUGCAGAAUUGUUAAGCUUGGUGUCUUCAGAUGGAAUUUCUUUAGGCCAUAUUGAUAAUGAUUAUACGUUUGAGGGAUACGAAUCCAGAUCAAUGGAUAAAGAUGCUUUAAGUUGCGAUUUGGUUGUAUUCAAAAGGCCAAAUAAUGUCUCCAUAGAUCAAAGUGUUCCAAAGGUGCGCGUGCCAGUUGACAAGCCAUGUUCCUAUAUCUGGGUGGAUAUCGAUGGUCAAAUUGAUAGUAAGUUAUGGACCCACAUAAUCGUUUCAUUAUUGUAUAUUAUCCAUUAUCGACCCGGUAUCCAAGCCGCUUUGUUAUACGAUAAGGUCCGCUAUUUGUUAAGUAUUGACGAGUUUGAGGUUGUGACAAGAUGGCUCAUCAACUCCAAGUGCAUCGAGAUAGGUGACUACUCUGGAAUUUGGUCUACUCCGAACUGGUUGUCCCUUUUUGGUUGCGAUUAA